UUUCUUAUCAAUUCUUCAGUUUUAUCGCCGUUUGUGAAAAGCCCCAAUUUCGCCGUUUGUGAAAAGCCCCAAUUUCGCCCUAAAUCUCCAUAUCCAUCGCAAUUGAUAGCUCGAAUCCAUUUUUGAGGCAUGUCUUUCUUCUUCCUCCUAAUUUCGUUAUUUGUUUCGAUUAUUUGUGAUUUCAAACAGCUUUUGAUUUCGAUAAGGGUCAGAUUUAGUUAUCUGUUUUGUUAGGGUUCGAUUUAUCUAGAUUUAUUUCGUUAUCUGUUUUUUAGGGUUCGAUUAUUUACAGAUUUUGAGAAUGUGGAGUUUCGAAUCCAUCUGUUUUGUUAGGGUUCGAUUAUUUACAGAUUUGACUCAAAAAUAGCUUUUGGAUUUGAGUAUUUGCGCCUUCAUAAACUGAACGAUUUUUUUUUUUUCCCAAGUGUUGGUGAUUGAAAUGUUGGGGAACUGAAGCUUCUCAUUUCUCUGUACUCACACAACAGAGCUGAUCCUGGUUAUAAAAGUGGAGCUUGGAAAUUUGUAAGGGAUGUGUCUGCGGCUUUAGGUGACAUAGAAAUGAUAAUAUGUCCUUGUAAAGACUGUCGUAAUGUAGUACGACAGUUAAACAGUGUUGUGGUUGAGCAUCUUGUAAUAAGAGGGAUGGAUGAGGCAUACAAGGUGCAUAGUGAUUGGUAUCAUCAUGGAGAUGUGAAGUCAGUAGAUGAAUUUCAAAGUAAACCAACUCAGUGGAAUGAGGAAGUUUUUGAGUUAUAUAAAGCUGCUGAAUUUUUUGAUCAAGAGUUGGCUUUUAGAGGUGACUUAGCUGACCAACCUGUGGGCGACUUAAGUGAGAUUGCAGAGGGUGAGGACCAACAAGAGGAUGAGUUCCUUGCAAAGAUCCGGGAUGCUGAAACCCCACUAUACCCUAGCUGUUCAAACCACAGCAAGUUAUCGGCUAUUGUGACUUUGUUUAGGAUUAAGACACAUAAUGGCUGGUCGGAUAAGAGCUUCAAUGAACUGCUUCAGACAUUGCCAAGCAUGUUGCCAGAUGGUAAUGUCUUUCACACAUCAUUGUAUGAUGUCAAGAAAUUUUUAAAGAGCUUUCAUAUGGGAUAUGAAAAGAUCGACGCAUGUGUUAAUGAUUGCUGCCUCUUCAGAAAGAAGUUAAAGAAGCUUGAUAAAUGUCCCAAAUGUAAUGCUUCACGGUGGAAGACUAAUAAGCGGACUAAUGAGGUAAAGANGUGUGUUUGUUGA